AUGUCUGGCUCGCCUUCGUCUGGUAUCUUGGAGAGACCGAAUCUCGUGUCUCUUGUGCUGCAGUCCAAGAAGGCUCUACAGCGCGGUGAAGCGCUCUGUCAUCGUGCAAUCACCCUCGAGAAUGCAUCGGCUCAGACCGCGCUAGACGUGUUGGCCCUGAAUGCGAAGGUCAAGUGGAUUAGCGAUGCUGUAUUGGAGCAACUGAAGCUUGCUGCCAGUGUGGCGAAGAGCAUAGAGGAGAAACGGUCUAGGUUCGAGAAGCAAACGCAGACUUGGGAUGCACUUCGCACGGAUCGUACCAAUAUCCUCGAUGGUGUUCUUGACUCUCUCGGCGCCCAACCUGUCCCGCCAGACUUUCACGAAACUUCGUCCGACUCCUCCUUAUUCGGCAGCCCACAUUCAGACUCAGACGAAGGACAUGAAAACGAAAACACAUCGCCACACAAUAGUCCCUCGCUCACCAUCCGACAUCCUAUCAUGAACGGCAGCAACGGACGAAUAGGCCUAGACAAGGGUAAAGGAGCCGUGCAUGGAAAUGGGAAAGUCAAGGACAGGAAAGACAGAAGCCGGUGGAAGAAUCUGAGGGAUUUUGUGGACGAGAGGGCUAUUAAUGAGGCUUUGGAGACCAUGGAGACUGAGAGAGCCUUGUUGGAUGAUGUGUUUGAGACGACAGCUGAUUACCCGGUCACGCUUCAUGACUCACUCAACGCCAUUCGUGACGGUCUCCCGCCCCCACAAACCAUAAACAUCGAGGAAGUACUGAACUAUCAAGGUCGUGUAUCGAGUUCUAUGGCUGGACAGCUCGAGAGCUUGACGGAUCACUUGAGCUCAAUAGAACAUGCUGUGGAGGAGGAUAUCACCGAAGACGACUUUCUAGGUGAUAUGACUAGAGAUGUGGAAGAGCUGCCUGUCAUACUGUCAGAGCUCGAAGAGUCUAUGGGUCACAUUGAAAGUAGCCAUGAACAACUUGUGGCCGCGAAAGCUCUAGCUCAGCAGCACCUCGACACGCACCACAUCACACUUGAUGAUCUCGAGGAAUUAAGUGAUAUCAUGUCCGAGAUGCUACGGAAGCAGCAAGAGAUCGAGGAAGACUGUACCGAGCGUCUCAAUAUGCUUCAUCAUCACCUUGUCGUGAUAGACGACUUGGUAAACACCUACACAUUAUACCAAAUGUCAUUCAACAAAGUUCUAGUCGAAGUUGCAAGGCGAAGAGAAUACAAGGAGGCCGCGGAGGAUAUCGUGAGCGGAAUGAUGGCGCAGCUGCAAGCUAUGACUGAUGAGGAGCGUCGAGUUCGUGAAGAUUUCAACGCGCAAUAUGGUGCUCACAUCCCUGAGGACAUAGCCCUCUACCUCCAUAACCCGCCCACAAAAUGGGAAGUUGUUCCCUCUGGUGGUGAGGAAACAGAGGUAUUGCCGGAGGUUGAUCAUGAUCUGAUAGUGCAGGUUCGUUCUAUAUUUCCCUGUGCUCUUCGAACAUACAUGUAA